UUCGUCUCCUUCCAACGUCCGUGUCUUUAAUGUUCAAUCCAUCCAAACUUUUCUUGUUGAUUGUUCAACUUGCUUUAAAUUUUGAAUAGUCUCGCCAUAGCCUAUAAUUCGCACCACGACAAGCAUUCGUAUAAACUCCUUACCUUCUCCUCCACACCUCGUUCUCUCCUCUUUCUUCUCUCCUUUAUCCUUCCUAUGUGUCUGGCCUAUUCCUUCAAACUCACUCCAAAGAGGAACUUAUGGGUAACUGUGUUCCCAGGUUCUCGUUUAUUGCUGACAUGGGAGGUUGUCUGGGCUCCCAAAUUAAAGCUGAGAGCCAGUGUAACACAGGGCCGAAUUCAAAACACGUGAGCACUGAUGGAAGUGAUCUGAGCAGCACGGGCAGUGAGGUCUCAAAGGCCUCGACAACUCAUACUCGCCGGAGUGUGGGUGAGAUCUUGCAGUCGCCCGAUUUGAAGAGCUUUACUUAUGCAGAGCUGAAGGCGGCUACACGAAAUUUCCGACCAGAUAGUGUUUUAGGAGAAGGUGGUUUUGGAUCAGUUUUCAAAGGGUGGAUUGAUGAGCAGUCCCUUACAGCUGCCAAGCCGGGAACUGGCAUUAUUAUCGCUGUGAAAAGACUUGAGCAAGAUAGUAUGCAAGGUCACAAUGAGUGGCUGGCUGAAGUGAAUUUUCUUGGACAAUUUUCUCAUCCCCAUCUUGUAAAGUUGAUCGGGUAUUGCCUUGAAGACGACCACCGCCUUCUGGUGUAUGAAUUUAUGCCUCGAGGCAGCCUGGAGAAUCAUUUGUUCAGGAGGGGCUCUUAUUUCCAACCCCUCUCUUGGAGCCUCCGUUUGAAGGUGGCUCUUGGUGCUGCCAGAGGGCUUGCAUUUCUUCACAGUGCUGAAACAAAAGUGAUAUAUAGGGACUUCAAGACCUCAAACAUCUUGCUUGAUUCAAAUUACAAUCCAAAACUUUCUGAUUUUGGGUUGGCCAAGGAUGGACCCGGGGGGGACAAAAGUCAUGUCUCUACCAGAGUAUUAGGAACCUAUGGAUAUGCAGCUCCCGAGUAUAUAGCCACCGGUCACCUGACUGCAAAGAGUGAUGUAUAUAGUUUUGGGGUGGUACUGGUUGAAAUGCUAUCAGGUCGGCGAGCAAUGGACAAGAGUCGACCAUCAGGACAGCGCAACUUGGUGGAGUGGGCUAAGCCAUACCUGGCGAACAAACGUAAGCUUUUUCUCGUGCUGGAUACUCGUCUCGAGGGUCAGUACACAAUAGACGAGGCCUACAAGACAGCGACGUUGGCAUUGCGAUGCAUUUCAAUCGAAUCCAAGUUCAGGCCAAGCAUGGAAGAGGUUGUUUCUACAUUGGAGCAGCUUCAAGUUCCCAUUGUAAAUGGAGGCACACAAGAGCCGUCUGUGAAGAGAUCCAGUGGCAGAAAAAGUGAAGGUGACGCUAAGAAUGGGAGGACCACCACACCUUACCCCCGCCCAUCCGCUUCCCCUCUCUAUGCUUGAAACUACGUAAGGCUAAAUGUCUCGCCGUGUCACGCAUGACUUGGGUGAGAAUGUCAUAUAUGCCCGUAGUUAUCCAGAUUGUACAUGUCUAAUACUAGUAUCCUAUUUCAGUUAAUACACUUAAAAAGUUCAAAAGCAUAUCUGGAGGAUUUCCGGGGUAAUAUCAUAGUUUCCGGCGGUAUAUGUAUUCUCGGUUUUGUCAGGUGCUUGUGGCUCAUAGAAAUAGCUGUGGAA